AUGAACAUCAAUCAACCCGUUCAAGGCCGCGCCCUUGCCCUCCCCUUCACCAAAGCCGCAAACCCCAAUGCCACCCUCACAGACCGCGACCUCCGCCUCCCCUUCAUAAGCCGGGUCCCAGACAACAUCCGCAACCACUUCGUCGCCAUGUGCGGCGAGUUCGUCGGCACAGUCCUGUUCCUCUUCUUCGCCCUAUCCGGCGCACAGGUCGCAAACAGUCUCUUUAUUGAGAUGUUCUUGACCGCGCAGCUGGUGUUUACGAUUUUUAUGUUGGCGGCGGAGAAGCAUAAGGGUACUUUUAUUGCGCCGGUUGGUAUCGGUCUGGCGCUCUUCAUCACAGAGUUGUCGGGGGUAUACUUUACCGGUGGAUCUCUCAACCCAGCUCGUUCGUUUGGCCCAGCUGUUGUCAAUCUGGAGUUUACCCACUACCACUGGAUCUAUUGGCUAGGACCUAUCCUCGGAUCUGUAAUUGCAGCCGGCUUCUACAAGUUCAUCAAGGUUCUCGAAUACGAAACUGCAAACCCAGGUCAAGACAUGGAUCAUGCCGCCAUCAUCGAGAAGAAGAAGAACCUGUUGCUUGCCGCUGGUAUCAACGAAUACGAUGCUCACCAAGUCGCCACCGAGCUCACCGAAAAAGCCGCUGUUGCCGAAGCUGGCGGUCCAGAUGGCGGUAUCGUGGCUAAUGGCCAAGGAAAACGUAGCUCAGAUGCACUUCCUACUUCUGGCAUGUACGGCACCCAGUUCCGAUCGAACUCCACAGGAAGCGAUAGACUGGGAUCCGGUAACUCGGAGAAGACGUUUGUGAAACUGCAGCGUCCUGUUGGAGCUAUGACAGGAAGUCAGACUGGACGGUUUAGUUACCUUGGUAGUCGGGGUGUGGCGCCAGGUGAUACCGCCCAGGCUCAAGCUCUAAGGAUGGAGACGAGGUUGGAGAGUCCUGCCAUGGCGACUAAUGACGAGCUUUAUGCACCGCUUCAGCAUGGUGCGGAUGUUCCUCUUGGCGGUUCGGUGCUUGAGUCUGAUCCUAGGCUGGGAAUGCAGAGGACGCCUUCUAGCUUUGCGUGA